AUGCCAAACAAAGGCUCACUUCAAGAUGCUGUGCAGGGGAAAGGAGUUCAUAUCGACAGCGACAGUCAUAUCUGCUGGGAUGAAGAUGCUGACCAACACCCCCGGAACUGGAACUUCGGAACAAAGACAUAUACCGCCGCCCUGAUAUGCUGGUUGGAGAUGUACAUGACGGCAAUCAGCUCCUCUGGGACGGCUACUGCAGACUCAGCACGGGAGGAGUAUGGUGUAAGCAGAACGAUGGCUUAUUUCGCCUUCGUCACUAUAUACUUGAUGGGCCAAACCAUAGGUAGUAUAUUCUGCUCACCCAUCUCGGAGGUAUUUGGACGACGAACCAUAUACAUACUUGCGGCAACCAUAUUCUGCAUAUCCUCAGCUAUAGUGGCCGCGGUGCCGUCAAUAAUCGGCGUCUACUUUGGUCGCUUCUUCCAAGGGGUGGCUGCGGCGAUACCCGCAACUGUCGCUUUUGGCAACUUUGACGAUAUGUACAAUGCUGAGCAUAGAAUCUGGGUCGUCUAUGUGUAUACCAUCCUCGGUAUGUUGGGGCUUGCGCUGGGCCCUAUCUACUCGACAUACAUCACUUCGAGCAUAGGCUGGCGUUGGGUAUACUACAUCUCUACAAUGGUCAUGGGUGCCACUUCCGUUGCGUGCCUCUUCACAAGAGAGUCAAACGCAAGCCAAUUACUCGACAAAAUUGUCAAACAAAUACGAGAAGAGACUAGCAUUGAGGACGUAAAAUCUAGCAAUGCUGAAGGAGAAAGGUUUACCGUGGCUGCCUUCGCACAGAACGCUCUCUUACGCCCCUUGCGGUUUCUUGUUACCGAUCCUCUGGUAUUCUUCUGCGCCGUACUAUGCGCCAUCGCAUUUGGUCUCAUCUACGGCUUGACAGAAUCAUUGACCAUCGUCUACACCGCGCCGCCCUUCAACUUUUCGCAAAACAGCUCCAGCCUCGCAUUCCUUGCCAUUGCGAUAGGCGAGGUGCUCAAUAUCCUACCCCGGAUCUACGACGCCCAUACAUACAAGAAAUACCGCAGAACACACCGACGCAUCCUCCCAGAGAGCAAAAUAACCUCGUUCGCCAUCGCAGCUCCGUCUCUCGCCAUCGGCCUGUGGCUCUUCGCCUGGACCAUUCCACCGCGGGUCACGCAUGUUUCUUGGCCUGUGAGCAUGAUUGGUCUGGUAAUGAUCGGAUUCAGUCUCAACGAUUUUACUUACGUGCUUUUCGGAUACGCUACUGAUAGUUAUGGUGAAUAUGCUGCCAGCGCUGUCAGUGCCAUCAGCUUGACGCGCACGCUGACUGCUGCGGUCUUUCCGCUCUUCACGCAUCAGAUGUAUACGGGGCUGGGCAGCAAUGUUGCAACGAGUAUCUUGGCGGCGGUGGCGAGUCUGUUUGCCUUUACACCGUUCUUGUUCUUGAGAUAUGGACAGAGAUUGAGACAUCGAAGCAAGUUUGCGGCGGAUGAUGAGCAGGCUCUGGAGCUGGAGAACCUUCACAUGAAGAAUAAGGAUUAA